CGACGCCACCCAGCAGCACCCAACCCCCACCAUCGCACGGAAGCAAUCGUCGGAGAACCAAAGAAGAAGAAGAAGAAGAGUAAGGGAGGACGGAGAGAGAGAGAGAGAGAGAGCGACGCCUUGAUUUGGGUCUUUGAUUGAGAUGGAGGUCACCCUACCCCGCGAGGAGGAUAACAACACACCACAGGCGGCCGCUGCAGGAGGAGACCGAGGAGAGAAGGACUUGCGCAUCGAUGUUGCUUCUGUUGAGACGGAGCGGUAGCCACCCACCUCCAUCUCUUUUCCAUCGCCCCACCUCCCCCUCCAAUCGAUCUAGGCGAAGCCUGCUUCUAGAUUCGUUGUUCGUCAUGUCCGCGACGGUGAUUAGCGGGGGAGAAGCUGUAGCCGCGGCGGCGGCGGUGGAGGUAGAGUUCGCGGCAUGCGAUUGCUGCGGGCUCACGGAGGAGUGCACGCCGGCGUACAUCGCGGGUGUCCGGGAGCAGUACGGGGGGCGGUGGAUCUGCGGCCUCUGCGCCGAGGCCGUCCAGGACGAGAUCCGCCGCUCCGAGCUGCUGAUCUCGCCGGAGGAGGCCAUGGUCCGCCAUGCCAGCUUCUGCCGUAGCUUCCGCUCGGCCGACGCCGCGGCGGUGGAUCCAGCGGAGCAGCUGAUUGCCGCCGUCAGGCAGCUCCUCCGUCGGACCCUCGACUCGCCGCGGGCGGCUCGGUCGACCCCGAGCAGCCCCCGAACCACGGUGACCCGGACCCGGAGCGGCUUCCCUGCGCUGCUAGGGUGAGAACUAUAAGAAUCCGAUCACGCCCAAUUUCCAGUUUCCAUGGAACAAAUCGAUGCUUCAGUCACCAAGAUUGUAAGAAUCGUUCAACGUUAGGCUAUAAAAUUUGCGGAAUUUUGGAAAGACUACAUGUCAUUGGAGUGAAAAACAAUAAUAGAAAAUGGAAGAAUUCCAUUUGUCGAAAUUCUCAAAACAGAGGUUUAGGAGCAAUUUUCUAGUAAUUUGGCAACAAUGAAAUGGAAGGAUAUGAAGGGUUUGUUGUGGUCAUUACUAGUUAGUAGUUGCAUGCAUUAAUAAGAUACACUCUUGAGCCAUAAGAGGAAUAAUCAUAUUCACAUCCAUAUUAAUGCUUUUCAGGUGUUCAUUUUGGUGGAUAUUUAGUCUAAGAGAACUACGUCUUCCAACUUAUUCAGUACUGACUUUUAAUAUGAGUGUUUUAGGUGAAAUUUUCUUGUAGUUUUAUAUGUAUUAUAUACCUACAAUUUAUAUACAUUGGUAUUAGGAAAUUUACAGCUUGAAAAUUUCCAACAUUGGUUACUAAUACAUGCUGAAUUAUCAAGAAACUGAAAGUGCAGGUGACUUUUGUCAAUAUAUUAUCUAGAAAGAAUCAACAGAAGGCCAACUCACAAAGCUCCUCAGGUACUGACAAGCCUUUUCUUUUUUCCUAUGUUUGCCUAACAUGGCCAUGCUAUACCAAUAUGUUUCUUCCUUCGUGCUCUAGUAUAUUCCAAGAAUCAUUAUAGAUAAUAUAAUGACAACGAGCUAGUAAUUAUUGAGUCACUAAUCAAUCAACAUCCUUUAAAAAAAAAAGAUCCAUCAUUCUCGAAGUCGUGAGUCAAUAUCCACUAACCACCGCCAUGUUCCUUAUAAAAAGUCGUCGAGGAUAAUAGUUUCUAAUUUGUUAUUUGUGGAAAUUGAUGGUGGCAUCUUCACCCUGUGGAAGCUUCUCUAGGAUGAUGUUAUUUUAUGGUCAACUUGACGGAAAAGUGAAACACUUAAUGCAUUCACUUCUUUUACAUUUA